GCCGGCGCGGCGGCCGCGGUCACGUGGCGUCAGGCCCGGCGGGGCGCCCUUCGCGCAUGCGCGGGGCGGAUGUUAGCGCCGCCGUUAGCGCCGCCAGCGCCUGGGCUCUAUGGGGAGAACAUGGCUCCCUUCCCUGAGGAGGUGGACGUCUUCUCGGCUCCGCACUGGCGGAUGAAGCAGCUCGUGGGGCUGUACUGCGACAAGCUGUCCAAGACCAACUUCUCCAACAACAAUGAUUUUCGGGCUCUUCUGCAAUCUCUGUAUGCCACGUUCAAGGAAUUUAAAAUGCACGAGCAGAUUGAAAAUGAGUGCAUCAUUGGUUUACUUCAGCAACGCAGCCGGACGGUGUACAAUGUGCACUCGGACAACAAACUCUCCGAGAUGCUUAGCCUUUUUGAGAAAGGGCUGAAGAACGUAAAGAAUGAAUAUGAACAGCUAAACUAUGCGAAACAACUGAAGGAGAGACUGGAAGCCUUUACAAGGGAUUUCCUUCCUCAUAUGAAGGAGGAAGAGGAGGUUUUUCAGCCAAUGUUGAUGGAAUACUUUACUUACGAAGAAUUGAAAGAUAUUAAGAAGAAAGUAAUUGCACAACACUGCUCACAGAAGGAAGCUGCUGAAUUCAGAGGUCUUAAUAAGUGGAAUCAAGCUGAAGAGCUUCAGAAGGUCUUUAAAUAUUCUGUGGAUGAGAAGACAGAUCAAGAAACUGAAGUAACAGGGCACACAACAAAUAUUACUAAUCUUCCUCCUGAAGUGAUGGUGACCAUUUUCAGUUACCUUAACCCCCAGGAAUUAUGUCAGUGUAGCCAAGUAAGCGCUGAAUGGUCACAGCUGGCUAAAACUGGAUCUCUUUGGAAACAUCUUUACCCUGUUCGCUGGGCCAGGGGUGAUUGGUAUAGUGGUCCUGCAGCAGAUCUUGAGACAGAACCUGAUGAAGAAUGGGUAAAAAAUAGAAAAGAUGAAAGUCGUGCUUUCCAGGAAUGGGAUGAAGAUGCUGACAUAGAUGAGUCUGAAGAAGCAGCAGAAGAUGCACUUGCCAUUAACAUAGCACAGAUGGAAAAACGUUUACUUCAUGGUUUAAUCCAUAAUGUUCUCCCGCAUGUAGGCUCCUCAGUGAAGACAUUAGUACUGGCCUACAGUUCUGCAGUGUCUAGCAAAAUGGUUAGACAGAUCUUGGAGCUUUGCCCCAACUUGGAAUACUUGGAUCUCACUCAAACUGAUAUUUCAGACUCUGCAUUUGAAAGUUGGUCUUCAGUUGGUUGUUGUCAGAAUCUUCGCCACUUUGAUCUGUCUGGAUGUGAGAAAAUCACCGAUGUGGCCAUAGAGAGGUUCUCCAGAGCUUUGGGUAUCAUAUCGACUCACCAUAACAGAGGCGUGCUGAAAGGCUGCAGAAGCAGGAAUGCUAAGACUUUAUGGAAAAACAGAGAGAUGACUCUGCAGUCCAACAAGAAAUAUAAUUGUUUGCAUGAAAUCAGCAAUGAAAACCUCAUUGAGGGAACAGACAGUAAGCAUCAUUGGACUAAACCUGUCAGCUCUGAAAGCUUCAAUUCUGCGUAUGUGUGGAUGCUAAAUGCAGAUGAUUUAGCUGAUAUCGAAGACGCUGCAGAGUGGAGACACAGAAAUGUUGAAGGAUUUUGUCUUGUGGAGCCAGCAUCCCAUAUUAAUUGUUCUGCAUCUUGCUGCAAUAGAGACAUUUAUGGUUUAAGGACUAGAGGGUGGCAGCAGCACUGUGCUUCUACUGACUUCAUUUACUGCGGUCACUCAUUUUGCUGUGCUGGAACGGCACUAAGAACUAUUCGAGCACUUCCAGAGUCCUCUGCACUGUGUAAAAAACCAACAAGGACUAACCAGUCAGAGGAAAAAGACUUGGCAUACUCUGGCAGUGACAAACCAGAUGAAGAGACUGCACGAGUUCUUCAGUUUCUCAGUCUGUCUGGGUGUUACCAGAUCACAGAUCGUGCUCUCAGGGCGUUGACUUUGGGAGGAGGACUGCCACACUUGGAGCACCUCAAUCUCUCGGGUUGUCUCACUGUAACUGGUGCAGGCCUGCAGGAUUUAGUUUCUGCAUGCCCUUCUCUAAAUGACGAACACUUUUACUACUGUGACAACAUUAACGCUUAUCAGGGAUUGUUUUCGGGGAAGGAGAUAUGUUCUGGGAUCACGCUGGAAAACCCGUCAGUCUUGCAGAACAAAAAAUGGAGCCAACAGCAUGGAAUUUAGCCAUCUUUGAGUAAUAAAGCUACCGUUAUCUUUGAAAUAUAAGGGCUUUACUUUCACCUACCGCCUAUUUUCAGAUAUUUUUUUCUAUAAAUCCUGAGCUUGACGGAGGGCCCAACACAGGCAGCUUCACUCAUGUUCUCUGUGGAGAUCUUGCUGGACUUGUUUGGUUGGCGUGUUUGCAAUUUUCAGACUUCCAUUUCAAGUGCUGGUCUACAUAUAGCUGUUGUACAUACCUCAUGGGGCAGUCACAGCUGUUGCACAGCAGUGAUAUGAUGCAGCUCGUAUGAGCAGAGCCUGUAAACUUGCAUGCAUCUCCAGAUUUAGUUUGUUUACUGUCAGUAUGAUUCCAGUUCUUGGUUUGCAUAGUAACGCUUAGUUUGGGACCUCUGCCUGCUUUGCUCUGUGCUAGAGACUUGGGAGUUAGAUAACGCUCAGCUGCAGCUGAAAACAAAUCUGUGUACGCUCCUCCCACUUGCUGACUUUGCUGGAUGCCUGAAACACAUUUGAUUCAUCAGUCACGUUAAACUCAGUAAGAGAAGUUGAAUGUUUGAGUUACCUCUUGCCACUGAGGAAUUCCUAUUUCCCCGUUUUGUCCUGUUCUGUCCAUCUGUGUUCAGUCUCUGUAUUAUAUUUUCAGUUUUAAAGCCUGUAAUGCAGUCAGCUUCAGGGUUAGAAUGGGGCUCCCUGGUUCCUGUAGUAGUACCUCGUUGCAGCUUUCACAUGUGAUAUAAUUUCUAGUGGUUUUUUAAAAUGUAGUUCUAGUGUGCUGGAAUUAAAGGAAUAGGGCAUUAAUAAAACAAAGUUGUGGCAGUUUCUGAUGAUUCACUCUUCUCUUGUGACUGUUACAAACUUGUUGGUCACAGCUGGCUCUCUCUUCCAGCAGCAAAGCUCUGAACUUUGCAGUUUCUGUUCAGAUUUAUGGACUCCUGUGUGCUGGUUCAUAUAGGGGUGCCUCGUUAUUAGAUUUCUAAGAGUUUGAUCUCUCCAUAAAUUCCGUAGAUAACAAAGGUGCUCUCAUAAUGUUCUGAUGUGUAGCUUCACUGAUAAAGAGUAGCACUUAAGACCAAUAUUAAUUUUAAAUCGCCAUUUAUGUUUUCAAGGUCAACGCUUAAUUUGAUCACUUUCUUGUAAUUCCCUUGUAAUGUGCUACGCUACCAUCAAAUGUGGUAUCUGCUGUUGAGAAUAAAGGAGACUCACUGAGCUGCAGUUCUAAACCCAUGCAACUCUUCCCCCUGCUUUGGGCUGUGGCUUCGCAGUGGUGGCUGUGGAAAUAAAGCAUCUUUCCCUUCCCUCCUUGUGUGUUCCUGACAGCUCCUCUUUGCUGCCUUCCUGAUGUCAGUGUUAGUCUUCAUGUAGCUACUUGGUAAGCGAAAUCAAGAACUGGGGUAGCAGAAGGCCUUUUUCCUUCUCGGAUGGGCUGGGGAUCGGUCCUGCUGUAUAGACCACAGGAGUAUUUCUGCUGCCAAAGGUGAGAGCUGAAGGGAUGUGGUGGCAGCCCCCAGCUAUGCCUUGCUCAAGUGGCUCUUCCACCAUAGUUUGGGUUGGCAUGUAUUCUCUGUGAAAUGCCUUCUUUCUAGAAAACUUUGUAUGCGUUACCGAAACAAAAAUCAAAAUUGACCUUUCUUAGGUUGCCAGACACAUUUAUAUUACCAGGUUUUGAAAACUCUGCAGGCUAUUCAGCAGGAGUAGGUAAACCUUUGUUCUGGGUGACCUGAAGCAUCUGAGUAAUCCGAUGUACAUUUAAAGAGCAUUACAGUAAUCCAGUUUCCAGUAGCUAAACCAGUAAUGUAGACUGCGGCAGGUUAGAUGAGAAUCUGAUUAACUUUGCUUCUCCAGGUGAAUGACCCCAAACCUCAUUUUACUUAAGCACUUCACUGCUAGCACCAAUUAAGUCAUCCCUCAGUGAAAAGCAGGACCCUUCCGAAAGUGGCUCAGCCCUAUUCUGAGACCCGAAGUGAUGGUACUCAACUAUGUACAGUUACUUUUAUAUAGUCACUGUAUUGCUUAUCCUGGUGUGUCAGUGAGGUGGGAUGAAUUGGAGCCCUUGUAUAUCAAGCCCAGAGAAAGUAGGUGAGAGUAUUUCUGCAAGGACUAAAAGCCAUUUGAGCUGAAGUAGGAGACGGUUUGAAAACAAAUUACAGUCCAGUGAGAGCAGUAGCAGAGAGUGGGGAAAACAGAAACUAGGGAGCAAAAGAGUUGUAACCAAAAGUCCGCAGUAGUACAUAAAGCUAGGAAAGCAAAAGCAGUCUCUCUGACUAUCAAAAGCAAGGCAAAUAUAAAAAGAACAAGCUAAGGAUAUUUAAGAGGAGAUCAGUUGACUUAUCAAAAUAUACAAAUGAAAUGACAGCGUGUUAACCAAAUAAUCUUAGUGUUAAAACAACAAUUAAUUUAUUACCCUGUUGCAGUAAGAACAUAAAAUACCCUCAAAAUUAUGGGAAUUGGCUGCAUGCACUGAAAAACAGUACAGGGCAGGAGAUCUCAGGAGCUGUGUUUUGAAAUCUGAGUGUUUCAUUUCAUUGGAGUUCUUCAUCGGAGGCCCUGAAGGUGCUGGCAUGAGGAUUAGACGGGGCAAGAAAUGCAGCAUAGGAAGAGGGUAAGUUGUCACUGUGAUGCGGUUAAUGUAACUUGUGGGUCAGGGCCUAAACAUUCAGGAAAUACGCUUUUCAGAGGAUGCAGUUGACUCAGAAUUUGAAGUUUCUAAGUUCUUAAACUAGCCCUAUAGCAACUUUUAAAAUCUUAAGUAGCUUUCAGUUUUUCAGUUUAAAGGACAGGAAGAAAGAGUGGGGCUUAAUGGUCACUGGGAAGGAACUGGGGAGCUUACACCUCCAAGAGCUUUGCGCUUCAGUGGGUUUUAUCCAGCGUUUCUGUUGCUGUCUUGGUGUGAGAAACGUGGAAUCAAAGCCAAGAUUUUGAAUGGUACUGAACUGCCUUAAAUAAUGACACUAGUGCUGAAGAUUACCUCAGAGACCACCUCAUGAGAUUCAGUAGAGCUGUCUGUAUGGUUAUGUGUCUCAGGAGUGGGCUAAUCCGGGACUGUGUGAAACUGAAUUGAGAGCUGGCACUUGCAACUUGAAUACAGUGACUGUAGAGAGGUGUCAGUGCUAAUUCAGGUCUUUCCUGUUUACAGCAGCAGCUAGAAAGGCCAGCAGUGUUUUCUAUACUAUGAGAGGAAGAGAGUGUUGAGGAAAAAGAGGGUUGCUGCUUGGUCCUGGAAGCUUUAGGGCUCUUGCACAUGGAGCUGCUGCAUGUAGUUCUGUUUUUCUUGCCUUGAGCGUAUAUACUGGAAUUUCAGAAGAUCCUGAAGAGACCUACCAAAGUGUUAGGGAGUAGAACAGCUGUUUUGCAAGGAGAUGCUAAAAAUGCUGGAAUGUUUCAAUCUGGGAAUGAGAAGGCCGAAGGGGAGGAGAUGACUUUUCCCAGAUCUGUGAAGGCAGUAGAUGAGGUGAACGUGGCAGUAACUCACCAAAUCCUGCAGUACUGGAGCUCAGCAGCAGCUGAUGAAAUUAGGCAGUUGAUGUAAAUGACGCACGAUGGUAGUGAACUUCUGUAACUUGGUCCAGUAGGGAAUUGUGAAAGCACUCAGUAGCCAGAGGUUUAAAAAGGCAUUAAACAAAUUCAUGUGUAUCUGAGCCAUAAAUAAAUACCAGAGGGAAUGGGCUUUCGUGUCUAUAGUAUGACAGUAAUGAAUGCUGUGGGAAAUACAGAAGGAAUGAACCACAAGCUUAUAUGGUUUCCCUGAUGUCACUUGCUGUUGCCAGUGCUUGAAGGUAGGGUGCUGGGUUGGAUGGCCCGUUGGUCAGACCUCAGAGGGCAGCUUUUAUGCUCCAGUUACCAGCAUGAGGGAAGAGUGCUUGAGAUGAGCAAUAAACGGAUGGGAAACGAUACCAAAUAUAGUGAAUAUUCCCUUCCUUGGGAUGUUGUGGUUCUAUAAGUUUUGUCACAAGCAUUAUUACUGGAAGUGUGACAGCUGCUUCGAAUUACUGUGAUGUGCUGCUUAGCUGUGGCAGUGAUGAGGAAGGUCAGCUCCGACUUGGAAAACGCUGCACAGAACAUGCUCUGCUAAACCAACUAUUGGGAAGCACCGAGUCUCCUUUUUAAAGAACUUUGGAAGAAGCUUUCAAACUCUAGCUCGUAAGUGAUGUGAAAGACCAAAACGUAGCUCAGGUGAAUAAAAAGAUUUGAAAAGGAAAAUGAGUUUACCUACAAAUUAAAGUAUGACUAUUUUCCUUAAUGUAACCAUUGUCCUUCAUUAUAGCUUCAGAUUUGUUUAUUCGGUCUCAUGCAUGCUAACUUGAUUACUUUGUAGAAUAUUGCUCAUUGGUGUGUGGCGUGAAGCAGAAAACUGCUUUCAAGACACUAGGUUCUGGGGAAUUAAGUACGACUUCAAGUUACUGUUCAAGGGGGAAAGACAAGCCAGACAUGAUGCCCUUAUUCAUGACAUUAUUUUGCUACUUCUAAAUGUAUUCGAUACGCUUCAGAAAGUAUUGCAUUUGUUUCACGUAUGAAGGGGGGGGAGAUGGAUUGUUCUGGUUAGUUCUUUACCAGCUUGCUUGAGUUAGUUAAUUAAAAAUGUGCUGCUGAGUUACGUUGGGUGCCAGAGUUCAGCCAACCCAAAUGCAAAUGUUUGUGUUUCUGAAGCAGGCGUAUGGCUGCAGGAAAUACAAUGCUAUGCUAAUACAUUUAAUAGUUUCUUAUGAUCACUUUUAACCCUUCAAAUUAAAGGGAAAACAGUAAGUGAAGGUAAGUGGAGGUGGGUAGUAUUACAGUAUUGCUUUACACUGUCUGUGCUCACGACUUCCUUUUCGAGGGGCUCAGUUUUAGUUUUUAUGGCUUCUGAUAAAGUACCCUUACUGCCACUGCAGUUUUUCCUUUUGGUCUUCAGAUUUCCAGUCAGAGUACAGGAGCUGUAGCCAACUAUGCCGCGCUCGUGGAAAAACACUUUCCAGACUAAGAACUGUUUCCAUGUGCUGGGUUGUUUUCCGUAAUACCAUGAUGUCAUCCUCUGAAAAAAUAGGAGCUAAAUAUGCAUUGUGAAAAUGUACUUUCAUUUUGAAAGGCAGCUGUGGCAGCUUUCUAAAGUCUGCUGAUUGACAGUUGCUCAUCCUACACCCGUGUUGUUUUGCAUGUUACACUCAUGGGACUAAGCUGUCAGUUAAAAAAAAAAAAAAAAACAACAAAACAACUCUUGGAAAAAAUAACUCUUCCAAGUGAGGCGUCACUGAUAGCACUGGCAGUGUUUCAGGCUUUCACUGUGCUGGAUGAAAUUUUUUGUUUAAGCAAACAACAAAAGAUGUUCUAUGAAUUACGAGGUUAUAAGAAUUCUGAGCCGAAACAAACAGCCUCUCUUCUUCUUUUCACAUUUGUUCUGUCUUUGUGCAGGUCCUCAUGCUGAAACCGCCAGUGGAUGCCAGAAUUUGCAGUGUGGUUUUCGGGCCUGCUGCCGCUCUGGCGAAUGACUGCUGACUUCUGAUCUUUCAGUCUACUUCAUUUAGCUGAGCAGGCUUCCUUUCAUGCACUUUACUUACAGUUUGCAUCUUGUGUUAACAAUCCUUGGAGUGAGAUUUGUUAUACUAGCCUGACCCUGCCCGUAACUUCAAAAUCUUAAUGAUGAGUGUACUGUACAGUGUUGUAACAAUCUCACAAUCCCAUUUGGUUUGAAGGGUGUUGGGUUUUCCUUUACUUUAUUUGGGGAAGAUGGGAAAACAUGCAGAUUUUCUUUAACGCCACUUUCUUCCAAGUUUGGCACUUAAAUAUACUUCAAUGGAAUAUUUUGUGUUAAGUGAAUGGUUUCUUAUUUUUAAUCCAGAAGUACAAUAUAGAGCUCUGCGGCUGAUUUGAAAUGUACUGUUUGCAUUUGGGUAACAAUAAUACAUCUUUAGGAGCCUUGUUUCUCCCCCUUUCAUCUUGAAGUUGUCCUUUAUAUUGCAAAAUUAGGGUAAUUAAUUCCCACUUUCCUUUUGCAUUUGGUUUUGUAUUUGGGCUUGAAAGACAUACUCAAAUAAAACAUUCCCACCAAUAAAAA